CUGCUUCCGUACAAUAUGAUCGGGUGACGUGCGGCUCGAAUGGGCGGUGACAGAGUAACACCCGGAAGUGACUGAGAGUGCCGGGAGGAGAACUGCUGAAAAUUCGGAAUAUAAUUUUGUCACUUAACCUGUGAAUGAAACCAACUGGUCUAUAUGUGCAAUCCAAACUUCUGGAAGAAUGACAGAUGACAAGGACGUACUUCGAGACGUUUGGUAUGGACGAUUACCAACAUGCUUCACAUUAUAUCAGGAUGAGCUAACUGAAAGAGAAGCUGAACCUUAUUAUCUGCUGUUACCGCGUGUGAGUUACCUGACCCUGGUAACUGACAAAGUGAGGAAACAUUUUCAAAAAGUAAUGAGGACAGAAGACAUAGGCGAGAUUUGGUUUGAAUAUGAAGGCGUUCCUCUGAAGUGGCAUUACCCAAUUGGUUUACUUUUUGACCUACAUGCAUCAAACUCUUCACUCCCUUGGAAUAUUUUAGUCCACUUUAAGAAUUUUCCAUUAAAAGACCUCUUGCGAUGCCAAUCAAAAGAUGUGAUAGAAGCGCACUUUAUGUCAUCUGUAAAGGAAGCUGAUGCUUUGAAGCACAAAAGUCAGGUUAUCAAUGAAAUGCAAAAGAAAGACCACAAGCAACUGUGGAUGGGUUUGCAGAAUGACAAAUUUGACCAGUUUUGGGCCAUAAAUCGAAAACUUAUGGAAUAUGCACCAGAAGAAGGUGGAUUUCGUUAUAUCCCUUUUCGAAUAUACCAGGCAACCAGCGAACGUCCUUUUGUGCAGAAGUUAUUUCGUCCACUUGGCAAUGAUGGGAAGCCCAAUACGCUUGGUGAUUUAGUAAAGGAAUUUUGUCCUGCAGCCAUCACACCAGACGAUGGAGAGAAGAAGUAUCAGGUGAUGAUCCAUGGUAUAGAACCUCUGUUGGAGACGCCAUUGCAAUGGCUAAGUGAACAUCUAAGCUAUCCUGACAACUUCCUCCACAUAAGCAUUGUUCCACAACCCACUGACUGAAGGACAGACAUGAUGUGCUUAAGUGAAAGAGAUUGCCACACUUGGACUGGAUUUUCCGAGAUUACUUCACAGCCUGACUUUUGAUAAGCAUGGUCCAAAUCCAGAGCAAGAAGACAGGUUUUCCCUGUGACUCUUCAGGACUCUAACUGUCCCUUCUACUAUUUUGCUCUGCCAACACUUGAGCCUGGUUUAACAAGGAGGUCUUGCUGGAAGCCUCCUGCUCUACUCUGCCGAAAUAAAACAUACUUGGAGAGUCAGUUAUAGUAUGUUCCUCCCCAUUCCUAGUUUGUACUUUAAACUGUGCUAAACUGUUUUCAACUUUGUUUUCUUUUAUGCAGCCAGGGUUCAAAUGUAUUGCUAAAUGAAUCAACACUGAAAAGAGAAAGAAGCAAGUGUAGCAUUAUUACUCAAUAUCAAGUUUAGUUAAAGCUGUGUUGUUUGAGUUUUUGUAUAACAAGGUUUACCAGAGAAUGAGUUUCAUACUUGAAAUACUACAAAUCUGCUUCAAAUCAAAUAUGACAUGGUCAUGUAUCACCCAUCACCCAUAUAAAAUAUUUGCCUAGAAAUAAAGUUACAAGAUACCAGCAGAUAUCCACAUUACUCUGCUUGUGAGGAAAUAAAAAAAGUUAUAUGCUGCGCUGGUGAAAUUAACAUAACCUAAAGCAGCUUAUACAAAUAAUAAUCAACUUCACAAAUAGUUUGGAUCAACCUAUGAACCGCUCUUUUGUCUCUUUGAAUUUACAGAAUUGUGUGAUUUUUUUUUUGUAUGUUGUAUUGCUCAUUACUAAUGUGCAUUUCAAACUAAUCUUCAAAAUACAAAGUACCCAUUUUAAUACAUUGUGUGUUUUUUCAAGUCCAUUGUGGUCCCAGUUGUUACACCAGAGCUUGGAAAGAUUGAUUAACACCCCUGCAAUUACAUCUUCCACAUUGCAAACUUUGUUGAAUGUGUGAGCUAGCAUGCAUGUAUGGUCAUUAAAUUGGAAGUUAAAAUAUAUUAAACAGUGCAUAUCACUUGUAAA